UCUGGAGGAGCGCGCGACGCGCAGUUAUCAGCGCAGACUUCCCCAUCACUCACAAUCCCAGCGGUUCCGGGGGACGCGUGUGACGCGCGCCUCGCCUCGCGGGGACACAGCUGUUAAUAACCUAACAAACAUGUCUGGAGCAUUAUAAGGUCAUUAGUCUACUAACCCCCAUAUGGAUUUACCCACGUCUUUGGCGACGUUCAAACGCUGCGUUUCGUUUAUCGUUUUCUCUCAUCCAUCCUAUCGUUGAUGGCUGGCGGACAGAUUCGCCAAAUAAUGGCUACAUUCGGUUUAUGAACUCUUCAUCUCAUCUUUGCCCACUCGGGGUCCGUGUGAUGGACAGGCGGCUAGUGCGCGCGACCUGCAGUGUUUGGAGUGAGUAGAAAGUAAGCUCGUUUUUAACACUCGUCUUCCGGACUGCUGUCACACUUUGAAGAAGAAUGCGCUCGCUUUCAUAAACCGAGUUUUUGAAGAAACAGGUGAGACUGGAGAAUAAAGAAGGUGACAUGGCCGACAUUCUCACAGGGUGAUCUGACAGGCCAAAACACAGGACAGAAAGAUGAAGCUGUGGUGGUGGUCAAUGUGGCCGUUGAAGGUCAUAGUCUUGGUCAUCUUGGUAAUAUGGUCUUGCCAUCCGGUUUCUGCGGGUACAAAGAGUGUACGGGGACAUACAGCUUCAUACCAGGUGAAACAGGGAACCUGUGAGGUGGUGGCCAUCCACAGAUGCUGCAAUAAGAACAAGAUCGAGGAACGUUCACAAACAGUCAAGUGUUCCUGUUUUCCAGGGCAGGUGGCUGGGACUACACGAGCUCAACCAUCUUGUGUGGAGUCCUCCAUCGUGCUGCAGAAGUGGUGGUGCCAAAUGCAUCCAUGUUUGGAUGGCGAGGAUUGUAAAGUUCUUCCGGAUCUCACCGGCUGGUCCUGCAGCACCGGCAACAAAGUCAAAACCACAAAGGUCACACGAUAGCAGAACAUAGCUGUCCUACCAAGAGGCCUAGGACUUUUCACCACCCCCCUGAUGAAAAAGGAGACCCUCUUGUUUAAAGACAUUGAUAUCACGGAGGAUUCUGUCAAUGUGAUAGAUGGACUCUCUUAUCGUAGACUAUAGAUGACUGCAUUGCUUUGUCAGAAGUCGAAAAAGGACAAGGAUCUUUGUAUAUACCUGUGGUGCGAUACUCGGUGCACUGCAGAUGUUAGACACCACAGGUGCACAUGGGAAAGACUGCAUCUGUCAGCUGAAAGAGUCUUUUUGGAUUUCUACUGGCUAUACAAGUGACUGCGUUCUUGUAUGUAUGUAUGUAUGUGCUUGUCCAUGGGAGAGAGGAAUUCAUAGCAUUGGGCUUAAAAGACGAACUUCCCUUGGAUUGGUUCAGAUUUGGCUUUGGCCUUGUGUGUUAAUGUUAAUAGAAAAUGUGUGUUAGGAUAAAGAUGCUGACACAGUAGUUUAACUCUGUUUAUCUGCUUUCCAACACACAUUAAACUUUAUGUAUGCGAGAUAGGAAGGGAAUUGGUCCGAAUGUAUGAUCCACAAAUUACUGACAAUUUGCUCUUCUGGGUCAAGUCAUAACUAUAAAAAUGUUUCUGUAAAGUCAUUUUGCAGUUUUAAUUAGAGUUGCUAAAUAGGAUCAUAACAACCAAUUAAAAAUUCAUGUACGAUUUUUUGUUGCACUAGAUAAGAUGGAGUCGUUUUAAGUUAUAAGAUGGCAUUAAAGUAUGAAACAUUAC